GUAAAAUUAUCGCAUUAGAUGAAGAGUAUAGAAUCUAUGAUUGUGUUUGAGGCGUGGUUGUUGGGCGCAAACAGUCUAUAGGACCGUGCGUGACAUUAUAAUGGCCCCACGAGAAGAGGACAUGCUGACAGACUCAUUCGCUGGAAUCGUCGCUGAUGCCAAUUGUCCUAUCACCUUUCCUCAUGGUAGCUCAUAUGACUCUGGUAUCUAUGUAUACCUCGUCAAGCAACCACAUACCACAUGCAGUCACCCAAGACGGAAGGUUCAAAGACUCAGCGUCAAUCAACGUGCCGCCGUGCAUCUCAUCAUACUCGCCCAAACGCAAUUGAAUAUUCCAAAAGUCGCUCUCACGGAAAGAGGGAGAAGAUACUCCUUGACGGACGCACACGCCAGAGCCUGGAAAGCUAUCCCUCAACAUACCUCUGGUCCACAGCGUCAGAAAUGAUACUCCCGUCUUGCCAACGCCCAAGAACCAAUCAACCAUAUAUCUCCCGAUUUUGGUCAUUGGCCGUCAAAGAUAUCCUGAACAGGUGAGAGUGGGGCGAGGUGAUACACCAGUGAUACACCAGCAAUUUAGACUGAGUGGCUAGCGUCAUACCAUUAUGAGUAGCUGUGAGCGUAUGCGCUUACCGCUAUUUACCCAGAUCUUGGAUCUCCCAGAUCCGAUCUGAUGACCCACUUACUUGAACACAAUCAUGCAAAGGUGACCACCAGUCAGGAUAGCGACUUUAGUAGACAGAGACAAGACAAGA